GUAUAAAAUGUGAUAUUUGUGAAACUAGUGGUCACACGUGAAAAAAGUUAUAGAUGAAGUUGCAUUGAUGAAAUCUGCAUUAUACCUUGACCAUGGUGACUAUGUAUAGUCAGUUGACUCUAGAUGGUCGGCAUGGUCAAGAUUUUUUCACACGUAAUCACGCGUGAAGAUUGUUCACUUGAGUACACGUGUGAAGAUUUUUCACGCGUAGCCACGCGUCUGAUGUUGCAACAACACGACCAAACUGUCGUGAAACUUGCUGUCUUUACCUACAAAAUUUCGUCAAAGUUCAAGCUGACAUUUCACGGUCCCUCACGCGUGAAAAGUCGAUAAAAUUUCCCCAUGGGCACUGUACUGUUGGUUGCGUCUUUUUUUCUUUAUUCGUCCAUCUUCAGGUAUGUAGCGAGUGAUCACAGAAUGACCCACGCUAACAAGAUGUUAAGAUAAAAAAUUCACUUUUCAUGUGGUUACAUCCGAAUGUCCCUUCCAAGGGACAGUGAAUUCACAGUGCUUUUACGCAAAGAAGAAUGCUACAAAAAUGUCUGUUUUGAUUUCAUUAUAAAGUACAACCAUACAACCAAAACUACCAGCUACAAAAUUAGAAAAUGAUUUAGUGACUACAAGUAUAGAAAAUAUCUAAAACCAUAAAAUUCAUUUUUGAACUUCAUUCAAUUUUAAAAUUCAAAAAUAUCGGAUUAAAAUGGAAAUGUUUUUUCCUAUUUUAAUCAAAAGUUAGGCUACUCUAUUGUCCUACAUUAGUAAUAAUCUAGCUUAUGGCCUGAUGAUCCGUUCUUUGUAUAAAUCUGUUACAUCAAUGUUCCAUGUAAGGGACCGUCGGGUGUAAAGGGUUAAGAGAUAGAUCCUUGAUUCUUAUCCCAUUCGAACCGCCUCCAGGCGCGCUACAAAAGUCUAACUUUUGUUUUUCAAAAUCUUUUUCUCUUGGCGAGAAAAUAAUAUUUCUUUGAAAACAUAAUACAAACGGCUGGGGUAUUUUUCACCAACUCUUUGAAAACUCAACCAAACUCGUCCAAAUUAACUUACACUAAGAAAAAAAUGAUGCUGAAUCUGAUAUAAGUCAUAAAGGGAGCGUUAUCUUCAUACUAACAAUUAUUUAACUCACUUUUCUCCGAAUGUUUUAGAUAUAAAGGUCGUAAAUUCGAGAUAUUAGUGACAACACAUACAACUAAACUGUAUUCUAUAAAUGACUUCGGAAAAGGAGAAGGAACACGUUGUCCAGUAGACUAUCUCGAACGGCAUGAUGAAAAUAAUAAACUUCAGGAAUUAAGCCGUUAUCGUCCAGCAAAUAUCAAAGGAGGUUGUUCCAAAGGAUUUCUGGUCAUUGCAUUUCUUGGUCGUGAAUUGGGUUUGAAAAAUGUGGAUAAAUUAGAAUUAAAUGCAUUGAAAGAAAAAAUGUCUUCACAUCUUGCAUUUCGAAGAGUAAUUAGUGAUUCUAGUGAGCUGGUUUUUUCCUCCCUUCGCUGA